AUGCGAUUUUCGAGGGCAGUCGCUGCGAAUAAGCUAGGUGCUCGCUGCUUUCGAACACGCGCAGCUACUUCUAUUGCCGGAACUGCCUCUCGCUCGCAUCUGAUAUCUUCUCGGAUUUCACAAAGGCGCAAUUAUACAAAUGGGGCUCAAAACUCUACCGGGCAGGACCCGUCGAAAGCAUCCCCAUCCGUCGAGGAAAUUCGCCUUCAAACCGAAUUUGAAGAAAAUCAAGACAUCCGGAAGUAUUUGAGCAGAUGGCAGGAAACACACUCAAACGAGCUCGAUCCCGUUCGAGGACCUGGAACUUCAAACCCGUCGGAGCAGGCAAAGCCUUGGGUGGGGAACAUGUUGAAUGACUUUAGAGAGUCCGCAAGUGACGCUUUACGGGCGAUUGAUCACGAAAUGUCGGAAUUUUCAAGCGCCACCGAUGAAGGCGAAGAUAUGCAUGAAUUUCUCGAACCUGGUGAUCUGGUAGCCCUUUCGUCGUUGGAGGGUAUCUUAGGUUUUGCCGUAUACGUUAGGUCAAUUGAUAAGCAGCAACAAUUCUACACUGGAAGAGGAAAAUGGCGCAUAGCUUUCAGCAAAGAUCUUGAUUACGUUGUGAAGGGAUUCGUUCCGCGAGAACUAGUGGCCCCUCUACAUCCAUAUUUUCCGGAUACGUCAGCAGAACUUGGCACAGAAAUGCAAUCAGCCAUCGAAGGAGGAGUCCCGAGGCAUAUCGGUGCUCCUAUCUUACGGAUGGUCGAUGAGUUUUCUGAGAAGGUAGAUGAGCUUUAUCGAACAAACGCAAGUCGACUGGAUACUAUACAUGAUGUAGUAGCCGACGAGGAGGAAAAGUUGGAAUUCACCAUUGAGGAACUUGCAUGCAAGGCAUUGGACCUCGACCAAAGCGAAUUGAAUGAUGCGGUAUUAUAUGCAGUACACCAAGCAACCUGUCGAAACGCCUUCAUCAUGGACCACGACCGAAGCUCUCUUUUCACCAAUUACUACCUUGUUCACCCAAAAAGUGUUGCCGAGGUUCUUGACACAGUUGGUACAUGGGUACGCGAACACCAAGAAUACUUCGUUCGGACAGUGACAGGUAGAGAGGUUCCAAAUCUAAAAGACCACCCUCUUCAACUAUUCAUCCAAAAGGCGCAGCGUCUUAUACGGCUUAGCAGAAAGAUUCGAUCUCCAACAACUAUGUCCAGUGUUGGGCCUACAUCACAAAGGUUUCAACCUGGGCAGGAUGGGAAAGCCAUGGUGUACCGUGAAGUUCUGACAGAAAGGUUUACCCCCUCCGAUCAGAAAAUCAUCGAAUUUCUUCAGCUAUGGUGCAUCCCACCGAGAAGAAUGACUUCGGGGGCUUUGAGAACGGCUGGCUCACAUAUCAUGCGCUCUACGGGAAUGUAUUCGUCUUUGGAACUGAGUGCAGCAACGGUGCCUCUGCUUCUCCAAGAACUUGGCGUGAUUUCUCCAUGGGAAAAUUUGCGUCUAUUCGACCAUAGUCUAAGUCUCCCAGGUCAUGGAGCCUCCCCUCGAUCAGAUCAAAUGUGGGACGAUGUCCAACAGGCAUGCCAAAAGCCCGGUUCCGAAAAGCUUGUUGACACAAUGGAUGGCAUGAGGACUGACUGGGGUGAUUUGCCGGUUUAUUGCGUUGAUGAUGUGGAUGCCCAGGAAAUUGAUGAUGGUGUCUCCUUAGAACCAGUUCCUGGGACCGAUGAUACAUUCUGGAUCCGUGUCCAUGUCGCCAACCCUUCGGCCUUCAUGGAUUCUGAAGAUUUAAUCAUGAAAUAUGCCGCUUUACGGAACCAGACCGUCUAUGCCCCAGAGCGUACAUAUCCGAUGCUGCCCAGUUCAUUGACGCAGAACAAUUUCAGUUUGUCCUCCGGUCGUCCUACCCUCACCUUCAGCGCCAAGAUGAACCUGAAGGGAGAUAUCUUGGAAACGGAUAUCUCGAAUGGUAUUGUCCGAAACGUUAUCUAUAUCACGCACAGCAAGUUGCGUGAGUUCUUAGAACCCAACAGCGAAGGCCCUUCGAAGACUUUGACUGUUGGAGGAGAGUCUGUUAAAGAGCGUUCUCGGGAGGCCAUGCAGGAAUCAUUGUCAGAGAAUGAUAAGAGCACAUUCAGCACACUGAGGCAGCUGAUGCUUGCGUUCCACGAUUACAGGCGUGCGAACGGUGCAAUGGAAUUGCCUUCUCCAAUCGAUAACUCCGUCUCCGUUAUUGCCGGGACAGCUCCUAUGAAGCCCGGCAAGAUGAGAGUCAAUGAAGGGCGCUAUUUCUUGGGCGAUCCCAUCAUUCAAUUGCGCUCAACCCCUGCUGAUCCUCACGAAGUCCCUGACCUCACAAAACGAAACCUUAUCUCUACUCUCAUGAAUCUGGCAUGUUGGGUAUCAGGAAAAUGGUGCGCCGAGCGCAACAUCCCUGCAGUCUACGAUGGAACAUGGUAUCACCCUGAAUACCCGAAGCUGACCAACAAAAACCUUUCCGACUAUGGAGGCCGUAACUGGUUGCAUCUCACAGCGCCUAAGGGUAUCUCCUCGUCCAGCCCGGUGCCUCAUGUCUCCAUGGGACUCGACGCCUACAUCAAAUCAACCAGUCCACUUCGUCGCUAUACUGACGUGAUGGCCCACUAUCAAAUUGAAGCCGCAUUGCGGUUCGAGAAACAAAAUGGCCGUUCUAUCGACGCCACCAAAGACGAAUCCAUCUUACCAUUCACAAAAGAUAACGUAGACACCUACAUUGCCCGCAACCGCUGGAAGCGCAACCGCAUCCAAGAGAUUGAUAGAGCAUCCAAGCAGUUCUGGGCGUGCAUGCUCCUUUUCCGUGCUUUCUACUUUGCCGAGUGCGCAUUACCCGAAACCUUCCCCUGCCUACUACACCAAUCAUACAGCAACACCUCCCUAUCAGGAACUCAGCUCGGCGAAGGCUACGCAGGUGUCAUCACGUCGCUUGGUGUGCGGUGCCAUAUCAUCUUUCCACCUGACUUUGCCGAGGUUGAUAUUCUCACUGCUGUGGAGGCGAAGAUCACGGCUGUUGAUAUGUCUCGCAUGCUCGUUAUGAUGGAGGCGACUCGUGUAAUCAAGCAUUUUGAGCGAGUAGGUGAGUGGAGUUGA